UGAGCUCAGUCCUAGAUGCGUUUCUACUAUUUCUGUAUUGAAGAAAAGCAUGAAAUAAGUAGCAGCCGCCAGCAGACUUUUAAGGUGGCAAAGCUGGCAGCUGUUUCUUCUGGACUGCCAUUUGCAUGUAUUACUGUAUAUGCAGCAGCAGAAAAGGAAACAAAAAGUCAGCUUGUGAAGCCAAAUCAGCUCCCAAUUUAUUGUCCACCACCUCUGAAAUCGAAAUACAUUGAAGAACAGCCUGGUCACUUGCAGAAGCAAUUUUCUUCAGUAAGACAGACAACCGGCCGCUAUAUUGGAUGGUGCAAGGAUGCUUUUGUCUUUGUUAAAAAUGGAAUAAUGGAUUCAAUUCAAUUUGGAAAAGAUGCUUAUGUUUACCUGAAGAAUCCACCACCAGAAUUUCUUCCCAAAGUUGGUGUAAUUACAAUAUCAGGCUUAGCUGGUGUAGUGCUGGCAAGAAAAGGUUCUAGAUUUAAGAAAAUUGCUUACCCAUUGGGACUUACUACUUUAGGAAUUUCUGUGUGUUACCCAGCUCAGUCAGUGGUAUUUGCUAAGGUAACAGGAAAAAAGUUACUUUCUGCAAGCCAUCAAACCUAUGAAGCUGCGCGAUCACUAUGGGCAAAAAAAGAAGAUGUCACCAAGCUGCAGCAAGAGUCAAAAUCAGUUGCGCAAGAAGAUAAGAAAAAGAAAGAAAUUUCUAGUACAAAACCUGAAUCCGCUGUUGAGUCCAGAUCAUUUAACAGAACAGAAUCUUCUCCAGUAGAGUCUUGGAGUAAUAAAGAUCCAGUGCCUUCAUCAGGAGCAGUGAAGACACCAAAAUUUAAGCCUGAUCCAAAACUUAUGGACCAUGGUCAGUCCAGCCCAGAAGAUGUGGAUAUGUACAGUACUAGAAGCUAAGACAAAUCUGCUUACAAAUCUUUGUAAAGUAUUACAGAUAAGGGGGAGGGAAGAAGGGAAGGAGUAAUUCUUACAAUACAUACUCUGUGAGCUAUAAUUUAAUCAGGUAUUUUCUUAUAUCCCAAUUUGUAUUAUUGACUUACAUGAUUCUGUUCAGUGAAUAUUUUGUUUAUCGCUACUUAUAAGUGGUGAGAAUUACUCAUUGUCCAUGUCAUUAGUGAGACACUGAGAAAAUGUCAGUGUCUUCUCACAAAGAGUUUUCUCUUGUGCCAAGCUUGUUAAUAAAUGUCACUUCACAAAGGAUAUUUGAAAAUGUAAACAUAUCUCUAUACUUCGGCUCAGAUGUUCAUUGAUCUGAAAGAAGAAUGUGGUGGACGGUGUUUGCAGAGGCUUCUUUUGUCUUUUUUCUUGCACCUUUGGAAUGAAGUGCAAUUUCUUAUUGGUCUUGAGUACCCUUAAAGAGUCAGUUGUUAUAUCAUACGAAUAGCAUCAUCUUCACUGCUUGUAUAAACAAGUCACUUGUUCACAAAGGUGAAUGGGAACAACUUCUUGUCCUGCAUGCUUCUUGUAUAUUAAAAUGUCACUUAAAUUGGGAAAAAAUGCACACAUAAUUUCUAAAUCAUCCUUUAUAGGCUAUGUAUUAGUUUUCACCAACUCCUGAUACCUUGAAGAACUGUAUGCAAGUCUAUGAAACUGAUACUGUUUGAAUUUAUAUUGAAUGCAUUAGCAAUCUUGAGGAAGCUGGAAACUUUCUGUAGUUUUCAGGUUUGAAGUGCUGACAAGUAUUAAAAAUGCAGAAGUAAUAA